AUGUCAUUCUUAUCAACAACUACUCGUGCUUUACGUACCCAAGUUUCUAAAACUCCUUUAUUAUACAGAACUAAAGCUACUUUACCAGAUUUAGAUUAUGAUUAUGGUGCUUUAGAACCUCAUAUUUCAGGUCAAAUUAAUGAAUUACAUCAUAAAAAACAUCAUCAAACUUAUGUUAAUGGUUAUAACACUGCUAUUGAACAAGCUGCUGAAGCUGCUGCUAAAGAUGAUAUCUUAAAAUCAAUUGAAUUAACUCAACAUAUUAAAUUCCAUGGUGGUGGUAUUAGAAAUCAUAAUUUAUUUUGGAAAAAUUUAGCUCCAACUUCUCAAGGUGGUGGUGAAUUACCAACUGGUGCUUUAGCAUCAAAAAUUAAUGAUCAAUAUGGUUCAAUUGAUAAAUUAAUUGGUUUAACUAAUACUAAAUUAGCUGGUGUUCAAGGUUCAGGUUGGGCUUUUAUUGCUAAAAAUAAUGAAAAUGGUGCUAUUGAAGUUGUUCAAACUUAUAACCAAGAUACUUUAACUUCUAAAUAUACUCCAUUGAUUGCCAUUGAUGCUUGGGAACAUGCUUAUUACUUGGAAUAUCAAAAUGUUAAAGCUGAUUAUUUCAAAGCUAUUUGGAAUGUUAUUAAUUGGAAAGAAGCUGAAAGAAGAUUUGCUGCUUAG